AAUCAAUUUCGUUUAUAUCGUCACAAGGAAAAGUUCGAAUCGCUCGGUUUCGAAAUACCCACCCCCUCCGUCAUUUUCAUGCCUUCAACCAACAUAUAGAGGCUGUAAUGAUCGGACCACCAUGCGGGACAGCCCAUGAGAAUCUUUACUCGAAUUGAUGGGUCCAUUUGUGGCGCGAUACUCUCUUGCCGACCCCCGCCGGCCGUGACCUCGAAGCCCUCGUCGCCCUCGAUAUGUAGCACGACUCGCGAUGAGUAUAGGAAUCCUAUUUGCAGCGGUGUUCUCGCUGUCACAGGCCGCAAAGGUGCGGCCCCAAAUAGGCGGAAGCGUAACGGAUUUUCCGCUGUUAUCUUUUCGAGGCGUGUCAUCUCGACCGUAGCGACUUCGGGUUCCCGGCUGCUUAGUUCUACACAUUCCAACCAAGGUUUUUUCUCAUAUAGCCGCAGAUGGAACCAUGCAGUUGCAGAGGUGGCAGGUGGGAUCAGACCAAAACAAGAACUUCUCGACAUUGUUGGCCAAUAUGAAGAUACGUCUGUAGAAGACCACCUUGAAUUCUUAAGAGAUCCAUAUCUACGGAGAUAUGCCCCUGCAGAUGGCCCCCGUCUUUCAGUAUCAAAUAGGAGAGAAGAUGUCAACCUCCAGUCCGUUGAUUCUAGGCAUACUACAGACCCCGAAAUAGACGAGAUUGUUCGGAAGUUACAAAAAGCAGUACUCCUUAAACUCAGGCGUCCUGGUAGAGCGGACUUGGAUGCGAUAUAUGAUCUAUUCCAAUCACUUCCAGAACCCCGUGCAUCCCAUAUCACGUCACAAUUGAGGCACCAAUUAUUCGCAGUCCUUAGUAGGACUGAGCGAAAAGAUUACAAGUCUAUGUUGCGCUAUUUUUCGGUGGUGACAGACGUAAGGAAUAGUGGCUUCCCCCUGACUACGUUUGAAUGGAACACCGCUAUGUCCUUUGCUAGUCGAUAUGUUGGAAGGUCAACGGACGUGGAAGUCGAGUCUGCGCUUCAUCUUUGGCGGGAGAUGGAACGUGUCUCCGGUGUUAGAGCUUCCGACGUGACAUUCAAUAUUCUUUUCGAUGUUGCAUCGAAGGCAGGCAAAUUACACCUCGCCGAGAUGGUCUACCAGGAAAUGAUAAGCCGUGGUUAUCAAUUCAAUCGGUAUCACCACGUUAGUCUGAUACACUACUUUGGUUUGAAGCAAGAUAGUGGUGGAGUGAGAGCUGCUUAUAAGGAGAUGGUGGAGUCAGGCGAAGUAAUCGACUCAACUGUGCUCAACUGUGUCAUAUCUGGAUUUCUCGCAUCCGGAGAAGAGGAUUCCGCAAUGAGAGUCUAUGAUAAGAUGAAGAGCUCGGCUAAGACGAUCAACCGUAUACCGCCAAAUAUCGACUACACUAUGCAAAAGAAUAUCACUAAAGUGCUGAUGAUGUUCGCUAAAAUUGCAAAGAGACACCCUGAGAUGCAGCCGAAUUUCCAGCAGGCCGCAGUCACCUCCCCGAAUCUUCAAACAUACCGUCUCUUGGUCAACCAUUUUGGGCCAAAACUAGGUGAUCUCUCUACAGUGGCGCAAUUACUCGAUGAAAUGAAAUCCUUCAAUCUCCCACUUCAUGGUGCAAUAUUUCUUGCCCUUUUUAAAGCUUUCGGCAAGCACGGGGGCCCCGGAUCGGAUUGGUCAACACAGAGGCUAAUCAAUGUAUGGGGCGCCUUCUUAGACGCCCUGGAUGCUCAGUCUGACGGGCUAUAUAUCAGCACGUGGGUGGCAAUGGCUAUAUUAAGAGCCUUUUCUAGAUCUGCCACUAGGGACGAGAUCCUAGACAUAUAUGAGAAUCUGAGAAGUAGAUGGGACCUGGACGCGGCGAACUCACAAUUUAUGAUGGAGUUUCUUCGUAAACUCAUGAAGCAACGAGGCUUCUAUGUAUAGUCAGGACCUAUGCAGGAAUGAUAUGGAAAAAGGAAAAAGGGAUUUUUGUAAACUACGUAAUGACCAAAGCUGGCGGCAGCGAAUGAUUGAUACCAAGCAUCUUGUACAUAUUGGCAUGGCACACAUAUAGACUUGGAUGCAU